AUGGCUCGCUUCACAUUCGUUCUCGUAACUGCUCUUGUUGCUGUCUUCCAGGCCGUUGCAGCUGAAGAUACCUUCACCUGUGGAACCGCUCCGUACUAUCCAUCGCAGUACACCUGCUUCGAUGGAGUAUUCCUCUGCCCCAAGGUCAAUGGUCUCGCAUAUCUGAGAUGCGGCGACGCAUGCUACAACCACAACAUGUAUACUUGCCCGAACAACAAGCUCGUCCUCAUCGACUGGAGCGUCCCGGAAAGGACCCAGCAGUGCGGCACGGCGCCUUACUACCCAUCCAAAUAUGUCUGCUACAACAGCAACUUCCUCUGCCCCAUCACCGGCGGAAUAGCCUACCAACGCUGCGGCCAAGCAUGCUACUCACCCUCCCAAUACAGCUGCUCGAACGGCCAGCUCAAGCAGGUCCCGGCUCCUGAAUGUGUCAGGGAAUACUCCGGCUGCAUUCGAAAUGAUGGAUUGGUCCUUGCCUGCUGCCAGGGUCUGUCUUGCGUUGCGAGCAAGUGCCGGAACUUGACCAAUCUGCUCGGGCGGGAUGUUGAGGACGGCAAGGCUAAGUUGUUCUUUGACGCGUAA